AUAGCAAUUUAGUAGAACUAGCUAGCACCGAAACAAUUCCACCGGCGACUCAAAAACCUGUUGUGUUGUAGAACAAUGUGGUCGUGGGUAGUUCUUCUAUCGCUUCUCUCCGCCGGCUCUGUUGUCUCACAGUCAAUCAUCAAGACUCUGCCGGGCUUUACCGGCGACCUCCCUUUCAAACUUGAAACAGGGUAUAUUGGGGUGGGGGAGUUGGAUGAGGUGCAGCUAUUUUAUUACUUCAUUGAGUCUGAGAGGAGUCCUAAGGAUGAUCCUCUUAUGCUUUGGCUAACUGGAGGCCCGGGUUGCUCUGGUCUUUCUGGCCUUCUCUAUGAAAUCGGUCCAUUCACUUUCAACUAUGCAAAUUCUAGUGGGAACAAACCAACACUCUUGUUGAACCCAUACUCAUGGACAAAGGUUGCCAACAUAAUAUUUUUGGAUGCUCCUGUUGGUACUGGAUUUUCAUAUGCAGAAAGUUCCGAUGGGUAUUUCACCAGUGAUACAUUAUCUGCAGCACAAAACUAUGAAUUUCUAAGAAAGUGGCUCAUGGCUCACUCCAUGUUCCUCUCAAAUCCACUCUAUAUAAGUGGUGAUUCUUAUUCAGGCAUGACUGUACCUAUCAUUCUUCAAGAAGUAUUAAAUGGUAACGAAGUUGGAGAUCAACCACCCAUGAAUCUUAAAGGAUAUGUUCUAGGCAAUCCAUUUACAGAUAUAAUUUAUGACCUGAAUUCAAGAGUAAAAUUCGCUCACCGAACAGCACUUAUAUCAGAUCAACUUUAUGAGUCAACUAAAAGAAACUGCAAAGGCGAAUACUCGCGACCAGAUCCAAGCAAUGCACCAUGCAUGGAAGAUCUUCAAGUUGUUAGUGAGUGCAUCGCCAAAAUACAAAGGCCCCAUAUUUUGGAGCCCAAGUGCAGUGAAUUGUCCCCCAAACCAAAUAAAUUGUGGGGGUGGAGCUAUGAUCUCAGUGACAGUAUGAUAGAUAUACUGACUUCAACACCUCAAGUUCCUCGACCAUGGUGUCGGAACUACAACUAUCUGUACAGCUAUAUCUGGGCUAAUGAUAAAACUGUGCAAAAUGCUCUUCACACCCGAGAGGGAACAAUAACAACCUGGGACAGAUGCAAUAAGAGCAUGGUAUAUGCACACAAUAUCAUUACUAGUAUUGAUUAUCAUCACAACCUCACCAAGAAGGACCUUCGAGGUCUGGUUUACAGUGGCGAUCACGACAUGGUUAUUCCCCAUGUGGGCACACAAGAAUGGAUAGAAACUCUGAACUUGACCGUCGGGGAUAGCUGGAGACCUUGGUUUGUUGAAGGCCAAGUUGCAGGAUUCGUCACAAUAUAUACAGAGAAAAAGUACAGUUUAACGUUCACAACUAUAAAGGGAGGGGGCCACACAGCACCAGAAUACAGGCCUAGGGAAAGUCUAGCGAUGCUUGAGAGGUGGUUUGCUUAUUACCUUCUAUAGCUCACAUCAUGAUUUGAGUAAUAAUUAGAAAAAUCUACAAUGUGCAAGUUGCAAGUUGCCUGAUUUGUAACUUUAAUGCAACCAAAGAAUGCAUUGAAGACUGAUUUCUGAAAUGCUUAUAAAAAGCACUAUUAAAUAAGUAGACGAGGAUUUGAAGUUCAUCUAUUAAUCCUCAGAGAUGGAGAGUUGAUCUUUGAAUUUGGCUUUGGUGCAAUAUAAAAAACAUACAAGAGAUUUUAUGUUUGAACCACCUCCUUUAGCCAAAUGGGGGUGGCGGGCAACCCCUGUUUGGCCAAAAUGAUUUUUUUAAAAAGAAUAAUAUUGAGGCAUGUGA